AUGACCCCAUCCAAGAAACGGAAGACGCAAAAGCCAACAAUCGCAGCACCAAAAAAGGAGACAGUACCGCCAUCCAAAAAGCGAAAGUCGCAAAAGCCAACAAAAGCCGCAACAGUCGUCCUAUCAACUGCCACACCAGCCAAUGCAUCAGUCAAGUUCGUUCAUAGGCUGUUCGGAACAUCGUACUACACAGCUCAGCAGCUGACACUACUCGGCUUGCCAGAAGAGGUGCGCAAACUCAUCUUGGACUACUUGCUAACAUGCGAUGAACCACUGUUCUAUGAGAAAUCCAAAGCCAUAGACAAGUUUUAUGGUGUACGGAAUCCCACGCCAUCCCCAACACUAUGGCCAGCGAUUCUUCGCGCAUGCAAGCAGCUACGGGAUGAGGGAGAACGAAUCCUUUACUCCAAUGAGCUUGGUAUUCGCAUUGACACUGAGGAGGGGAAUGCAAAGCUGGAGGGUUCCGCCGAUGCGCACAUUCUCAAGCGUGCUUCCUGGGGUGCAGAAUGGAGUGCGUCAACUUCGUUUUUGAACAGCGAACCGUUUCGCAAGGCGACUGUUGUGGUGGGACGCUUUUCGCGAAUCAAUCUACGCAUCGAGACUGGCCACUUAGCAAAGGAAACCUUGCGGGUGAGCAUCCUGGACGUUGUUCACGAGCUCUGCAAGCACAGCAAUUGGAAGUAUCUGACUGUGAGUCUGAUUGCAGCACCACAGUCACAUGAAGGUGACUACAUUGUCGGCUCUGAGAGGGAUCCAAGCACAGCCAAAAUUCCUCGACUUUACAUCUAUGGCGGUGAUCAUGUUGCCAUCGACACAGACGGGCUUGUCCACCGUUCCGGCACUACUGGUGAGAAUCGUGUCCUUUGGAAUCAGUACCCUGAGCCGUUCUACGCAUCAAUGUUCAUUCUCCGCCCUUUGUUGAGGCUGAGAAACCGAGAGCUCGGCGCUUGUGUCAGUGUAGCUGGAGGGAUGGCCGAGAAGCUCCGACUUCAGAUGAAGAAGGCAGGUGGCGAGUACCACCUCGACCUCAUGCCCCGAGACCUUGAGCGGCACUGCGAGGUGACCCUGAGGAUGACCGGCGUCCGAGAUUGUUUCAACACUUCCUCCAAGACAAAACGCAGUAAGGACACAGCAAGAGAUCGCACCACGAAUACGACCAUGCUGGGCGAUCGUGAUGCAAACGAGGACGACGUUGCUUAUUUCGCCGAUGUCAAACAGAACAAUCCUAGAAAAGGGGUCGAGGAUCGACUGACAUAUGGAUGUAUUCCUGCGGCUGAAGCUGAAGACCCCACGCGAUUUUUCGCACAGAGACAGAUUGUCUUGGAUAUGACUCGUUUGAUCUUCGACUGUAUGUUCCUCAAGGUCUACAAGAGCGACGGGCCCGCUAGAGAAUCAUUCCAAAAAGAGCUCAAGCAAGAUAUGGUCCACGACGACGACAUGCAGACUACACAAUCUGCGCCCAAUCGCCAUCAAUGUCGGACAUGCAGAAAAUGA